UCCUCCUAAGUGGGGACGUUUAUAAAAGGAACUGGUGAACCCAAGCAGCCAGCAUUGCAUCGUUGGUUAGACUGGUGAUCUCCACGUGGCAGCGCGGAUUCGAAUAUCUUUUUUAUAACGUUGAUUCAAGUGACGCAUGAUCAGAAUGGUCUUAAACGCGCCGAAAGUGAAAUUUUACAACGGCAACGAAGUGCCGAUCCUUGGCCUGGGCACAUGGAAGUCUAAACCAGGAGAAGUUACACAAGCUGUAAAAGAUGCCAUUGACAUUGGCUACAGACAUAUUGAUGGUGCGCAUGUUUAUGGCAAUGAGAAAGAGGUCGGUGCUGCUAUUCAGGCGAAAAUAGCGGAAGGCGUUGUGAAGAGAGAAGAUCUAUUUAUUACCAGCAAACUGUGGAAUACUUUUCAUAGACCUAACCUGGUUGAACCAGCUCUCAGACAAACGUUAGACGAUCUUGGUCUUGAUUAUGUAGAUCUCUAUUUAAUUCAUUGGCCAUUUGGAUAUAAAGAAGGUGAAGCGCUUUUUCCUACAAAUCCUGAUGGUAGUACCGCAGUCAGCGAUGUAGAUUACGUUGACACUUGGAAAGCUAUGGAAGACGUGUUGGCCAAGGGUUUGACGAAAAACAUUGGUAUCAGUAAUUUUAAUUCCGAGCAGAUUACCAGAUUACUUAAGAAUGCAAAAGUCAAACCUGUUACAAACCAGGUUGAAUGUCAUCCAUACUUAACACAAAAGAAAUUGUCAGACUUCUGCAAGGAAAAGGACAUUCUUAUUACGGCGUACAGUCCACUCGGAUCACCAGAUAGACCAUGGGCCAAACCAGAUGAUCCAAAAUUGUUGGAAGAUAAGAAAUUGAUUGAACUUGGACAAAAAUACAACAAGACUCCUGCACAAAUAGUAAUUCGUUAUCAAUUGGAUCGUGGUCAUAUAGUAAUUCCAAAGUCAGUUACCAAGUCACGAAUCGCUCAGAACUCGGAGGUAUUUGACUUUAAACUUUCACCGGAAGACAUUGCUUAUAUUGAUUCCUUUGAUUGCAAUGGAAGAAUUUGUGGAUUGCAUCAUGUGAGUUCCAGCCCAUAUUACCCGUUCAGUAUUCCCUUCUAAGCAAUCAAAAGCAAGUGAGAUCAUGAUAUGUCUACGUGUGUCUUUUACUAAACUUUUUUCAUUCAAAUAUAUCUUUAAACUACUUA